CAAUGAUGCUAAGUUCGGAUGCCUCUCAACUGUUUCCACCACAGGCGGAGCUCCGCCAUGCUCUGCGGGGACUUUAUGGUGGUGCGGGGCACGUCAACUGGCGCCGCCGUCUCGUCCACGCUUCCUCGACCCAAGUCUCUCGUUUGAGCCCGACCAACAAACACCUGAGCUUCUAUAAAGUCACCUUUAUUGAAGUCACCUUUGUCCGCCCGGCCUUCAUCGGCUCUCUUCCCUCCAUCCCACAGCCCGCCUCACCACCCAAACCACCCAAACCACCCCAGAUAGCCCCGCGCUCCAACGCGCGGCCGGCUAGCUUAGGAUGCAGUCGGGAAUCUCUGCCUCCGAGGAGCUCAAGACACAGUUCGCCGAGCUCCUCUCCACCCCCUCCCAUUUCGCCCUACUAGUCACCAUCGAAAGCGAGACCAUCAAGCCGGUCGGGUUCCUGACCGACCCCAGCGGCAGCGACGCCGCCGCCACCCCCGCCGCCUUCGAGGCCAACCUCGACCGCCUCCUGCAGCCGCGCCUGACGCCCAAACAGGCCCAGUACGUGCUCCUCCGGCGCUCGCCCGCGUCGGAGCCCGGACCGGCCCUGGUGGCCGCCACGUACAUACCCGACGCGGCGCCGGUGCGGCAAAAGAUGCUGUUCGCGUCGACGCGGCUCACCCUGACGCGCGAGCUCGGGUCCGAGCACUUCCGCGAGUCCCUCUACGCCGACUCGGCCGCCGAGCUGAGCGCCGACGGCUUCCGCCGCCACGACGCCCACGGCGAGACGGCCGCGCCGCUGACCGAGGAGGAGCGCACGCUCGGCGAGGUCCGCCGCGCCGAGCAGGAGGCCGGCGCCGGCACGGGCGUGCGCGAGAUACACCUCAGCAAGAACAUGGCCAUGCCCGUGGCCGAGGAUGCGCUUGCGGCGCUGAGGGAGCUGGCGGGGGGCAGCAAGGUGCUGGUCAUGCUGAAAAUCAACCCCGAAUCCGAAACGGUCGAGCUCGUCCCCUCAUCCGACUCCCCCUCGUCCAUCGCCGAGCUGUCGGCCACCAUCUCGGCCACGGAGCCGCGCUUCACCUUUUACCGGUACGCGCACACGCACGCCGGAACCGCCGAGGAGCCCGUCCUCUUCUUCUACACGUGCCCGGCCGGCGGCGGCGGCGGCGCGCGCGCGUCCAUCAAGUUCCGCAUGAUGUACCCACUCAUGAAGCGCGCCGUGCUGGCCGCCGCCGAGCAGCAGUGCGGCCUCGCGCCCGCCAAGCGCUUCGAGGUCGAGGAGCCGGCCGAGAUCACCGAGGCCGCCGUCCUGGAAGACCUGCACCCGCGGGUCGAGGAGAAGAAGGCGUUUAGCCGGCCCAAGAGGCCUGGCCGGUAGAUGGGUGGGGUUUUGCCACGACAUGAGGUAUAGACCAGGGAUACAAGGAAAGCAGGCAGUCUAACUGUUGGACUAGAACAAACAGCAUUGAUGAAAUACCCUACAGUGCACGUAACUACCUAAGAACUUGUUUGAUGCAUUGGCUCAUGUUCAAAUCCACAAAACACGACAUGCCAC